UUAGUCUCUUUUUUUUAGUGGCAUUUGGUUAGUCCAGUAACAGAGCACUGCCACUGCCCGGUGCAGCCCAGCGCAACAGCCAGGUUUUAUUUGCCUUCUGGAUAAGACAACACGGAUGGAUGAUAGAUCCUGUGAGGCUCAAACGGCACGCUAGAACUAGAUACAACAGCCCAAAGGGAAAUAUCUUGGCAAACAUUCCAGUUUUUUCCCCUGCCCCUCGUUCUUCCACAACUAUCAGGAGCAGAAGCGACCACAAGCUCGGCGAUAUCUGUCCCUUGGGAGAAGUGCAGGUUUGCCUCUGAAGACCUUCACCCUGCGCUCACCAUGCAACUGCAGCUGCAUCUGGCCUGUGUUCUGCAUGACAGUUCAUUCAGCAGUAACCAUUCAAAUGCAAAAGUUGAGGAUACAGGCUCCGUUGCAUUAUCAUCCGAUGACCGCCGGACCAAGAUGGCGCAUCUGCGCCUGCGGGAACAUUCAGCAAGGAACUUCUUCCCUGCACGACGCCGAGGCGAAUUCCUCUAGAUACGGCGAAAGGAAGAACCGGAAACACCCGGGCGCCUACAUUGACAAAGAUGGCGAAGCGCGGACCUUCGACCGGAAGAAAAUAUCGCGGAAAAGAGGGGGUGCGAUGAGAGGCCGCGGUUGGAAGUACGGCUCCGGGUUCGUGGACGGCGUGUUCCCCGUGCUCAGCCCCAUGGCGCAGGACAUCCUGGAGCUCGUUCAGAAGGGGACGGACACCGCCAAGGUCUGGCAGGCACUGGACAACGUCCCUCCCACGCACGCCCUGUGGGACGACGUCCUCAACGUCGCCGUCCAGCUCCGCCUGAGCCGGCAGUGGGAUCCCAUCAUAUCAGUCUGCGAGUGGAUCGUGCACCGGAGCUCCUUCCGCCCGGACGUCGUCUGCUACAACCUGCUCAUCGACGCGUACGGCAGGACGCGGCGGCUGGGCAAGGCGGAGGCCAUGUACGCGGCGCUGCUGGAGGCCCGGUGCGUGCCGACGGAGGACACCUACGCCCUCCUCCUGCGCGCCUACUGCGCCGCCGGGUCGCUGCACCGGGCCGAGGGCGUCAUCUCCGAGAUGCGGGAGCACGGGAUCCCUCCGAGUGCGACGGUGUACAAUGCCUACCUCGACGGGCUGCUGAAGGCGAGGUGCGCCGAGAAGGCGGUGGAGGUGUACCAGAGGAUGAAGCGAGAGCGGUGCCGGACCAACACGGAGACGUACACCCUCAUGAUCAACGUCUACGGCAAGGUGUAUGGAUGGCAGUCGAAGCAGCCGAUGUCGGCGAUGAAGGUGUUCAAGGAGAUGCAGUCGCUGGGGUGCAAGGCCAACAUCUGCACCUACACGGCGCUGGUGAACGCGUUCGCCAGGGAAGGGCUGUGCGAGAAGGCCGAGGAGGUGUUCGAGGAGAUGCAGCAGGCCGGCCACGAGCCCGACGUCUACGCCUACAACGCCCUCAUGGAGGCCUACAGCCGCGCAGGGUUUCCGCAGGCCGCCGCGGAGAUCUUCUCCCUGAUGCAGCACAUGGGGUGCGAGCCCGACAGAGCUUCCUACAACAUCCUGGUGGACGCCUACGGGAGAUCCGGCCUCCACCGAGAGGCGGAGGCCGUGUUCGAGUCGCUGAAGCGGCAGGGGAUGGCGCCGACGAUGAAGUCGCACAUGCUGCUGCUGGCGGCGCACGCCAGGUCCGGCAACGUGGCGCGGUGCGAGGAGGUGAUGGCGCAGCUGCACAAGUCCGGCCUCGCCCCGGACACCUUCGCGCUCAACGCCAUGCUCAACGCCUACGGCCGCGCCGGCCGCCUCGACGACAUGGAGCGGCUCCUCGCCGCCAUGGAGCGCCGGGGGACGCGCGACGUGGGCACGUACAACGUGGCCGUCAACGCCUACGGCCGCGCCGGGUACCUGGAGAGGAUGGAGGCGGCGUUCGCGUCGCUGGAGGGGAGGGGCCUCGCCGCCGACGUGGUCACGUGGACGUCCCGCAUGGGCGCCUACUCCAGGAAGAAGGAGUACCGGAGGUGCCUGGAGAUCUUCGAGGAGAUGGUGGACGCCGGGUGCUACCCGGACGCCGGGACCGCCAAGGUGCUCGUCGCCGCCUGCUCCGACGAGCGGCAGGUGGAGCAGGUCACGGCCAUCGUCAGGUCCAUGCACAAGGAGGCCAAAACCUUGUUCACCAUAUGACAAAGAUGAAGACAAAUCUUGUGCUAAUUAGUUAGUGCAGACUUACAUAAAGAUUAAUCAUUCAUGGAUUGUUUAUCUUACUAUUUGCUCUUUUACGAAUCCAAAAUGAAUUUGAUAUAAAAA